AUGGAAAGAAUACAUGUCGUGGACCUCUCAUCCUCCAGCCUUACCGGCGGUGCUCCAGUACUCACAAACUAUACGGCCUUUCCACUCGAGGAUAAUCCGUAUCCAGAUAACCCUAGCAUCAGGGUCGAAAGUCCUCCUCUCGAAGUCUAUGUCGGACCUUCCCGCGUCCACUUCACAGUCCCCCGAAACCCGCUCAUCAAACAUAGCGCCUACUGGCGUCACCACCUCACUCCACAAAUUCUCUCUCAGCCCGCAAUAACACUAACUCUCCCACACGACCAUCCGGGUACUUUUGAUCUCGUCCUUCAGUUUCUUCAACGCAGCACCUACAGUGUUCCUCCAGAGUCACAGUCACAGUCGCCGGCUAUAUUUGUACACACGGCCGUAUAUCUCUUCGCGCACAAGUAUCAUAUGCCACUGCUGUCAACACACGCCUUGCAGCAGAUUUACAAACUGCUAGUGUCAUAUCAUAACGCACGGUAUAGCGCGUUUGCAGAGAGGCUGGAGCUACCAGAGAGAGUAGAGCUGGUGAGAAUGGUGUAUGCUGGUACAGAGGGUUUUCCGAAGGAUCCGUUGCGGGCGCUUGUCUUGAAAGACUUCGCAAGAAGGUGGGAGGAGUGGAAGGUUUGCGGGGGUGUUGAGGGAGUAUGGGGAAUUGGCGGGUUCGUGAGAGAUUUGAUGGGCUGUUUAGGGAAUGGAAGGGAUGAGUUGGAGGUGCCGGGGGGUGUGAGAAUGAGUGCGAGGGGAGGACCAGGUGACGGAACUGUGUAG